CUGCACUGGCGGCAGCGGCAGCGGCGGCGGGACGCGGAGGUUCCCCCGGGACUCGGCCUCAGCAGUGAGGCGAAGGCGGCGGCGGCUGCGGAGGCGCAAGCAGCAGCUGAGGCAGCGGCGGGCUCAGGUGCAGCCGCUGAGUGAAGACAUAGUCCAGAGAGGGAGGUGUAAAGCUACAGGCUGAACUGAGCUUGGGUGAAGUGAAAUCUUUGAGGAAGCUAAAGCUGUGUGUAUUUGUGGAUCAGACAAGUGCAGCAAGUUAAAAAUCAUUGGCUUCUGAAGGGGAGAGUGAGGUGAUGGCUGCGUUUAAGUUGGAUUUCCUUCCAGAAAUGAUGGUGGAUCAUUGCUCUUUGAAUUCCAGUCCUGUCUCAAAGAAAAUGAACGGCACCCUGGACCACCCAGACCAACCAGAUCUUGAUGCUAUCAAGAUGUUUGUCGGCCAGGUCCCCAGGACCUGGUCAGAGAAAGACUUGCGGGAGCUCUUUGAACAGUAUGGUGCUGUCUACGAAAUCAAUGUCCUAAGGGAUAGGAGCCAAAACCCUCCUCAGAGCAAAGGGUGCUGUUUUGUUACAUUUUACACCCGUAAAGCUGCACUAGAAGCACAGAAUGCUCUUCACAACAUGAAGGUCCUCCCAGGGAUGCAUCAUCCUAUACAGAUGAAGCCUGCUGACAGUGAGAAGAACAAUGCAGUGGAAGACAGGAAGCUGUUUAUUGGUAUGAUUUCCAAGAAGUGCACUGAAAAUGACAUCCGAGUCAUGUUCUCUUCAUUUGGACAGAUUGAGGAAUGCCGGAUAUUGCGGGGACCUGAUGGCCUGAGCCGAGGUUGUGCAUUUGUGACUUUUACAACAAGAGCCAUGGCACAGACAGCUAUCAAGGCGAUGCACCAGGCACAGACCAUGGAGGGUUGCUCAUCCCCCAUGGUGGUAAAAUUUGCUGAUACACAGAAGGACAAAGAACAGAAGAGAAUGGCGCAGCAGCUCCAGCAACAGAUGCAGCAAAUCAGCGCCGCCUCUGUGUGGGGAAACCUUGCUGGUCUAAAUACUCUUGGACCCCAGUAUUUAGCACUUUAUUUGCAGCUCCUUCAGCAGACUGCCUCCUCCGGGAAUCUCAACACCCUGAGCAGCCUCCACCCGAUGGGCGGGUUAAAUGCAAUGCAGUUACAGAAUUUGGCUGCCCUGGCUGCUGCCGCGAGUGCCGCUCAGAACACACCCAGUGGUACCAGUGCUCUUACCACAUCCAGCAGUCCCCUCAGUGUACUCACCAGUUCAGCAGGGUCUUCACCUAGCUCCAGCAGCAGCAACUCUGUAAACCCUAUUGCCUCACUUGGAGCCCUACAGACAUUAGCAGGAGCGACAGCUGGCCUCAAUGUUGGUUCUUUGGCAGGGAUGGCUGCUUUAAAUGGUGGUUUGGGCAGCAGUGGCCUUUCCAACGGCACUGGGAGCACCAUGGAGGCCCUCACCCAGGCCUACUCGGGCAUUCAGCAGUACGCUGCUGCCGCGCUUCCCACUCUGUACAACCAGAACCUGUUGACACAGCAGAGUAUUGGUGCAGCUGGAAGCCAGAAGGAAGGUCCCGAGGGAGCCAACCUGUUCAUCUACCACCUGCCCCAGGAGUUUGGGGACCAGGACCUCCUGCAGAUGUUCAUGCCAUUUGGGAAUGUUGUGUCGGCCAAGGUUUUUAUAGACAAGCAGACAAAUCUGAGCAAGUGUUUUGGUUUUGUAAGUUAUGACAAUCCUGUUUCUGCUCAAGCUGCCAUCCAAUCCAUGAACGGCUUUCAGAUUGGCAUGAAGCGACUUAAAGUGCAGCUCAAACGUUCGAAGAAUGACAGCAAGCCCUACUGAGCGUGCUCCUCUCUGAGACUGAAGUGAGAGGGUCUUCUGAUUCCUGCCGUUUGUUCAUCGUUGUGCCUAAAGCAUGUCGAUGUGGCGUCAAGUACAUCGUCCAAAUCCCUGUCUCUUCAGCUUCUCUGAUGCUUGAACUCUCACCUUUGACCUUGUGUUGACCUUUGAUGCUGAUGUGUAUUUUUAUUAUGUUUGUUUCUUUUCUUUGUUUUUUCUUUUUUCUUUCCUUUUUUUUUCCCUUUUGUGCUGCCAAAUUGGUUUUGCUAGAACGACUGCUGAAGGGGAAAUAUUUAAACUUGCAUUUGAAUAUAAAAAAUCUAUUUUUCUAGAACUUCAUAAGAUAACCACUUGAUUUUGUGAUUCCAAUUCUUUGUAAUUGUCUUCAGAGCAGCCCUACUAGCACAUACCGUGUGAUGUUUGUAUCUGUGAACACACAGCCAGUCCGUUUCUAGGCUUUGUUUCUCUGUGUGCUUAGUUUUAAAAAGACAACUUUGAAGUAAACAAUGAAAUAAUAAAAGAUGUCACUGAAACCUUGGAGGCUCCUGAACACAUUUUGCUGACGUAGUUUGUGGGGCUUGAGGAGACUGCCUGUGUCGUGCUGAUUUUGGCUUUUCCAAGUUCUCACCUGCAGAGAACAUCAAUCCCCUCUCCUUUUUGGCCGCAGCCUGCAGUUUGGGCCCCAGCCAGCCCUUUUUCUUUCGUGCUGUUUUUUUUUCCCCCUCGUUCUUUGCUUUCGUGGUUGUUCCCCAGAGUGACCCUGUGGGAGCCAUGUACCCCUUUUCCCUUCCCCUUGCCCUACUGGGCUCACCUCCGUGCUUCUUCCUUCAGUCUCCACAGCAAAAUGUGAUGCUUUGAUUUUUUUGUUUUGUUUUGUUUUGAUACUGUUUUUGUGGCUUUGUUUUGGAUUUUUUUUCCCUUUCUUACUAAAGUAUGCCCAGAAAAAAAGAGUUGUGCAUGUUUCCUGCUGUUUCUUCACACCUCCGUAUAUAUCCCCCUCACCUCUCUGUUUUCUAUAGUAUGUGCAAGAACUGAACGAUUUAAAAGGGUUUCAAAGAAGCUAUUUUAAAUUGCUGUGGGGUUGAUGAUUGUUUUCAAGAUUGUACUGUUUUACUUGGAAGUGGCAGCUCCUCCUCCAUUGCCCAUAAGGCGUCUGCCUGUGCACUUGGACUGUCACCUCCCUGCGUGGCCUCCAGCUCUCAGCGGGGCAUCCACCAGGCUGGCUGCUCUGUGAAAGGGGGAGGGGGGCUGGAAAGGCACAAGAUGCAAGAUAGAACCCAGAAGGUGGCUGCGGGUGGGCAUGAGGCUUAGCGCAUCAGGAGUAAUGGCCUAACCACCUCUUCGGAGGUCAUCUGUGCACUAAGCGCUUUUCCUAGGUGACAAGCACAAUACUACAGUCUUCACACUGUUUACAGCCCUGGGCACCGACAUCCCACACUGGCUCUUCACCACCGCUCUGCUCUUGCUUAGCUAGCGGGGUAGGAGAGGGGGGGAGAUUUCUUAUUUAAAUUGGGUGGAGAGCCAAAUAGCUACUGUCCCUGGGUGCCAGGCAAGCCAGUUCUUUGGUUCCUCAUGGGGAACCUACCCUCUUCUCUUGUGGCACCAUCCAGCCUCAGGGUUGGGGAGAUUUGAGUUAGAAUGUGAAUGGAGGAGAGACCAGAGAAGAAAGAGCCCAAGAUACAUCUGGGUGGGGUGAAUGGGGUGGAUCUGCAGGGGAAGGAGCUUACAUUAGAUGCCACCUGCCCCCAAGCUGCUAGCCAGUGAGCUAGCUGGAAGGAAGGAUUGUCCCGGGAAGGGUGGAGCCAGGGAGAGGGGGUGGGGAAGGUAGAGGCACUGUUGAGUGGCAUCCAUGCUGGGGUGGAUGGAGCAAAGGGUCCCAUGUGAAGGUCCGCUCUGAGGACCCGCCCCGGUUGCCCAGUAUUCUGGAGCAGCAGGAGGGAAGGGCAACCUCACUGAGGCCCUUGUGGGGUAAGAUACUUCCUUCCCUGGAGGGGUGAUUGGAUGGAGAGAGCCCAGCCCCCCAGCCCCCAGCCUGAAAGACUGUUGUGUGCUCUACAGUCUCACUGCACAGGGCCGCCUCUGUCGGCAGGGGGCGCCGAGCCCCUGCCUGUGUUGGGAGAAACCGGGUUUGCCAGUGUAUGAGGAGCUGGGGAAAACCUGUGGAUAAAACCAAAUGCCAAACGUUGGCCGUUGUUUCCUUUUCCUUUUCUCACUCUGAUUGUUUUCAUUGUUCUGUGGUGGUUUUCAUGGAUUUGAGACCCUGGAGCGGCAGCUGCCUUUCUGAUUUCCAGCUGCUUUUUGUGAAUAAUUUAAAAAGAAAAAAAAAAGAAACUUUACAUUUUGGAGACAAACCUGUGUGAGUUUUUUAUUGGUACAAACGUUGUAUUUAACACUAGGGGUUUUGUACAGUUUUUUGCCUUUUCUACUAGAAAACAAUGUAAAGUGAUUUCACAAUGUGAAGAGAAAAAAAAAUUGCCACUAUGACCAAACGCACAGUCUGUUCUGCAGCCACACCGGGAUUCAAUCAACUCAGAGUCGUGAUUCAGCCGUAGAAAUGCUUUUCCUUUACCUUGUUUGAGCUUUUCCUUUCUUUCUUUGUUUUGAUUUGCAAAAGAAAAUGUCUUUUUGUGUGAGCUUGUGUUGUACUCUGUAGAAAAUUAUGGAUUUUACUUUAAUGGUUUUUUAAAAAAAGGCAAGAAGAGCCCCUGUCGCUUUUCUUACCUAAUCACAGAGUUUGUGUAGUGGAUUUAAAAGAAAAAAAAACUUGUUACAAGUUUGGAGCAAAGGAGUAUGUGUUUAAAAGGACUCGCCUUCCUUUUUUGUGUGUUUUUCCUUUUGUUCCAAUGGGGAACCUAAAUCUGUUUUAAUUGCACAGACACACAGACAAAAAGUCAUUUUGUAUCUGCCAAGUGUGGUACCUUCCUUUGUUUAUUUGCUAUUAAACUGUUUGAGAAGAA